AUGGAGAGGGCCGCAUCGGAAAAGGGGACCGCCGACGUCGCCCCCCGACUGCACAACGGCGGGCGGCGCCUGCGCAGCAGCUGGCUUACCCCUCCCGGCUGCACAGAAGCUGGCGGCGCCGCCUGCUCUCCGGUUGAGCCUGGCUCGCCAGAGGGGAAGAGACUCCGACUCUUCUCCUCUACCUUCGUCAUCUCACCGGUCCACCUCUCCAUGAGCGUCGACAUCGGAAGAUAUUCUCGUGACUGA